CUAAGUACUAGACAGUUUCUAACAUGGCGGUCUAGAAAGGUGGUAUUGAUAAAUAAUGCAUUCAGAUGAAAACAAACCUGCAAAUCAAAGCUCUAACAUACUGAGCUCAAAAAGAAAGCGGGAUUUCGAGGAAAGCAGAUCAAAGGUGUCCCGCUCCGAAGGUUUUUCUUGGUGGACAUCAUUAAUGUUGGGAGUUGAACCGAAGAACUUUCCAAACACUCGUAGUUCGGUUGUGUCCACGAAACAAAAAGCUGACGAACAAGACCAUUAGAGAAACUUUUCUACCAAAAAGUAAAUACAGAAAUCUCUCCACGCUAGUCCUUUGUAAAACAAGAGUUCACGAGCGUCUAACUGUGGGAAGGCGAAGAGAAAUAUCAUGUUCUGUUAUCGUCAUAGAUCGAUCAUCAGCUGAUUGUGGGCUGCACUGAAGUGCUUUAUACAGCUUAACAUCUUCUGGCAAAAGAAAUUGUCUUCUUACCUGUGUAGGUAACCAACCAUUGGUAUUUGGCGAAUCGUUUUAUGCACAGUUCCUUGUCUGGUUCCGUUCAUUAAGUAUAACUAACAACGGUGCUCUUCUGUCUUUUCAUAUGACGUUCUCUGUAGUGCACCUUACUAGUUGAUCGCAUGAAAUGAGACAACAAAAACUCUUUGAAAACACAAUCGUCACUUUGCAAUGAUUUAUUGUAUCGUUGGAAAGGAUGUUUAUGAAAACACCUAUUCCGUAGGGAGAUGCUUCGCAUUGAAAUGAUAGGAUAAGACAACAUCUCGUCAUACAUUUGAAAAUUUAUAGUUGUCUAAGGCAUUUGAAAUUAUCAUGUCAGGAAGUGUAGAGAAUUCAGGUGAGCAUCUUGUGGAAGAUACCAGUCUUGAUUUUCCAGAGCCUCCAGAAAAACCACAAGAUAGUGACUGCUGUGGAACUGGUUGUGUACCAUGUGUCUUUGAUAUUUAUGACGAGGAAAUGGCAAAAUGGAGAUUAGAAUGUGACAGAAUAAAAAGUGGAAAAAGUAUCUUGGAGGAUUUACCCAGUGGAAGUUUUGAGCAAGCACUCAGUACUUCAGAGUUUCGAGGUUUUGAACUAGAGUCCAUCACUCCGAAGACAGAUGAUUCAUGUAUAUACAGAUUUAAGAUCCCAGGAAGUAGGAAGCUAGGAAUCAAAGUAGGACAGCACUUAAUAAUGAGGUGAGAUGUAAACAUGACAGAGAUAAUUCCAUUGGUAUAUCUAUUAGAGAUGUUUUGGCUUGGCUGGGAGAUGGUGGGUUUUAACUUAUUGCCUGGUGUAGCUAAUUGAAUAACCCUUUCACUCCCAAGAUCUCAUUAGCAAUUCACCUUACUGUCUGCCGUACAACUCUUAUAAUAUUAGUUCUGAGAAUUUGGUAUUGGAACAACUAACAAAUCUCUAAUUGAUAUUUUCCUGUUAUCUCAUCACUUUUCUGCUAGAUAUUGUAAGGAGAAAUUCUGUCUUGAUCACUGAUGGGAGUUGGAAGGUUAAAAGGGAUACUGAUUUUUCAACUAAUCAUUGGUACAUAUCAUUAUAUUUGAUUUGACUGAUUGUACAAUCAAAUUUAUAUCAAAUUCUACCAAUGUUAAUUGAAGUUCUGUAAGGCACAUUAUUUAAUUUUUUUUUUUGCUAUAACAAUUUUUAUCAAUUGGUAAAAGAGUAAGAGUAAGUUUUCAUCCCCAAGACUGAGAACACUAAGACCUUCUAACUGUGAUCCUUGUAUGCAUUUUUCUUGAGAGAGGAUUAGAGAGAGUCUAGUUACUGGCAAUCUGCUUUUUAAAUAUUAUUUGCAUUUGACUUAAAUUUUUUUCCAACAAGAAUUAUGCAAUUGCUUUUUUAGGGGCAAAUUUGAUGGCAGGUGUAUCACUAGGCAGUACACACCUAUUAGUCCAGUAGACGGCCGUGGGUUCUUUGAUGUACUCAUCAAGGUAUUUCACAGAGUAUACCAUUCUGAAUCCAUCCCUAAUUAUGCAAAACUAUUUAAUAAUUUUAUCUGAAUGAUGAAUCUCAUAAAUAAAUUUUAUUUUGUGGGGAGCUGUCAAGUAAGGCCUGUAAUGCAAAGUUAAAUAAGACAAAGAUUUAUUUCUUAGUGGAAAAUUGAGAUGGUAAAAGUCUAGAUUCAAAUGUAAAUAGCUUGUACUCUUUCAAGAAAACAAGCAAUUAAUUCAAACUGUUAAUCCGUACCAAUUUUUAUUGUACAGGUUUAUUUGAAUGGAAAAAUGUCUCAACAUAUAAAAGCUUGGCAAGUUGGUGACAUGAUUGAGUGGCGUGGACCUUUUGGAAAUUUUUCUUACUCACCAAAUCAGGUAUUUUGAAUGUGGCAAACAGCACAUGUGUUUCUAUAGGGAAGGUAUAGGAAAGAAUCAUAAGGAACCUUGAAUACCUGUGGAUCUAAAAUGCUCUUACAGAUCUUAUAUAAUGGUAAAAACAAAAAAGCACUUCUCGCAUUUUACGGUACUGUAUGUUUUCAGUAUCGUAGGAUUGGUAUGUUAGCAGCAGGAACAGGGAUUGCCCCAAUGCUGCAAGUGAUUCAAGACAUAGUUACAAAUGAGGAUGACGAAACAUUUAUCCAAUUGGUUUACUCAAGCCGAACAUAUGAUGACAUUUUAAUGAAAGACACACUGGAUGAAUGUAAAGCUUACUGGAAUUUUUCAGUACUCUAUGUUCUAAGCCAGGUUAGUUAUUGAAGGUAAUACAAUGCUAUCUAAACUGUUUACACCCUAACAUCAGUUUACAUAUUCUCCAUACUGUUCUCUAUACAUUUCCUAAGGUGCUGAUUAGGAGAAUUUGUUUAAUGAUCAUUUUCCUUAAUUCUAGUGACCUUGAUUCACAUGUGAUGUUGUUUGGAGAAAUUUAAUGCAAGUUGUUCUUACUGGUCAAAGGGUGAAGUCUUCCUGUUUGCUCCAUUGUUAUUGAAUGUGCUCUUAGAUUAAGCCCAAAAGGUAUCAUGGUGGCCUUUUAGUUGGUAUGCAAGACUCUUAAAGAGCUCUGGGCCAGGUUGUUCAAAGCUAGGCUAAGAUAACCCAGUGCUAGUGUGAAAUUUGAUUUCACAUCUGAAAGCUUUAAAAGAAAACUCAUUUUUAAUUCUUUUUGUCUACAAUUUGAUGAUUGGAUGCUCUAAAAAGAUUUUAAAAAAUUAUCUGAAAAGGCUCUUGCAUAAAAAGAUAAAGAAACCUGGAUUGAAAUUUAACCCUGGAUUAGCAUUAAUUAGCCUUCAAACAACUGGGCCCUGGGUUUUGCUCAGGCUUUGUCAUUGUGUGUUGUUCUUGAGCAGUGUACUUUACCCUCACAGUGCUCCUCUCUAACCAGGGGUAUAAAUGGGUAACUGCAAACUGUUAUGGAAACCUGAUGAAUUUUUGACAGGUAACCAGCCAUGGACUUGCUUUCCAUUUAGGAUGGGUAACAAUACCAGUAGUUGUUAUUUUUUUGCAAUCCCACUGUUAUUUUUAUGGGCAAAGAAAGAUAAAUUGAAUGACUGAUUGCCCAUGGGAUUCUAGACUCACAGUAUGUAACUGUCUGCUAUCAAAUUGCAGCAAUGUGAUUUUUUUUCUGUUAUUCCAAAGUCCCUGUUGUAAAAUAGUUGCCUAAUUUUUGCAGUGUCCCUCAAGUUUAAGGCUGUGUGAAGCUCUUCUUUUAAAUGUAGACAUUGCCUUUGUAGGAAAGUAAAGCUGGCCAAUCAAAAGUCAAGUAUAGAGAUCACAUGUCAUACGGCAGGAUCGAUCAGGAGCUUGUAUCACGUGAGAUGCCUCAGCCGUCACAUGAUGUUCACGUGUUAAUCUGUGGAACCAAGUCGUUUGACAAGGACAUGAUAAAAUAUUUGAAAGCUGCUGGUUACACAUCAGACAUGUAUUAUAAGUUCUAAUUAUGAGAAAAUUACCAUCUGUCUUAUUUUUGUCUAUGAGAAAAUUGUUCUUCAAGAAAGAUCUUUUGUACACUUCGCC